AUGUCUCGAUCGCCUUCUCAAGGAUCAAAUAAGCCACCACGGAGUGGUAAGUUUUCAGAGAUUUAUAAUUAGAUCAUUUCUCUCUAGGCGUACAUUUACGUAAACUUUAUCAGUCUAUAUAUAUACAUCGCAGUUCUAGAUUAAGUAGUGAUUUGCAAUUGCUCUGGCAUUUGGCAGUCGUUAAAGUUGGUGUAUGGCUGUAAAUGUACUGGUAGCUCACUUCGGUUUGCAAACUAGUAGACGCAAAGUAAUAUUGAAUCUAAUACCUGUAGGAAAGGUACAUUAUUGGAGUCAGCUUACUUCGGUUUGCAAACCAAUAGACAAGAAAUAAUCUUAAAUCUAAUACCUGUUGGAGGACAUAUUAUUGGAGUCAGUUGACAGGUCACUCGAGUUUUAUCACACUUGCAAGCUAAGAAUAGCCAUGGAACUAUUGAGAUAAUCAAGAGAAAUCUGGAAUUAGAUUGUUUUUUUCUUAGGUUUAAUCUCUUUGUCUGGUUGUAAAAGAAACUCACACCCACCUUACAUCCAUUCAGACUGAAAUCGAAAGCCAAUCAUCAAUUGGUGACCAGUAUUUUCCUUUGAAGCAAUUCAAUGUGAUUUUUCAACCUGGAUUCUUGCUUUAAACACCACAAUGUUUAAAAAGGUGUCAGUGAUAACUAAGAUUUUAGUUUGAAGACUCUUAUAAUCAAAAAAGAGACCUAGCUGAUGUUAGCUUAAUCACUGUUAUGUACAUUUAGGGGGACAAUCAGCCUCUCGACAAUCUGAUAAAGUGGCAUUGCAAUCUGCAAAAUCAAGUUCUGGUAAACACUCGGCUUUAUCAGGUAAGUACUAUAUCUGAAAUGUUUGUGAGAAAAAAAAGUUAAAAACUAGCAUAAGACAAACAAAUACAAUUCCAUCUUGUUCUUGAGGGACUCAGGACAGAAAUCUGGUAUAUCUGAGGCUUUGUCAUCAGGAUGGGACAAACAACAAGAAAAUACCUUCCAUGGCGAUUUCAUCUUGUUCUUGCUUGGCUUCUGGAACUGUUACAGAAUUUUGUAAUCAUCAUGAUUAGGUUGACAGAAGUAAUUUUAUUCAUUUUCUUUAACCCUUUAACUCCCAUGAGUGAUCAAGACAGAAUUUUUCCUUACAAUAUCAAUACAAAAUCAACCAGAUAAGUCAUGAGAAUGAAGAAAAAUAUCAAUUUGAGGAUAAUUAGUUGAUCCAAUACUAAAUUCUUUGAACUAACAUUAUAAGAAUUGUAUGGUUGACAGUAAGGAGAAUUACAAAUUUGAUCUGGGAGUUAAAGGGUUAAAAUACAAGAUGUGUAAAUCUUGGUUACACACUCUCUCACUCACUGGAGUUACCAGAUUGUAAUUUCUCCUAACACUAUAUUAAUGAAGAAAGUAAACGACCAAUAAAUGGGUAGUAUUUUAUUUCCAUUACAAUACAUUUUCAUGGCUUAAAUUGUAAAGAAUUUUUAAUGGAAAUGUGAGGAGAAGAUAAUUUAUUCUUAGGUGAUUGGGGUGAAAGUUGCAUUUAUUGUAACUACAUUAUUGAAUGAAGAAUAACCAAUCAAGUAUAUAUAUAUAUUUUUUUUUUCUUUAGUGGUUGAGUCUGUGGUAAAUCCAAAUCAUAAUCCAUUCACCAUUCCACACGAUAAUGAUGUAUUUAUGCUACGAGACAAAGAGAGACAGAAAAAGAAACAGGUAAUGUCAUGCAACUACAGUUGAACCUGUAUCUGCAGCACUGUAUUAAGUACUCACCUUGUUGUAAGUAGUCAGUUAUCUAAGUUCCAAAUGUUUCCCCUUAAUCAAUGUAAUUUUCAUCUCUCUGAAGCUGCCACCACAAUUAAGCAUUUGUGGUCACCUUUGAAUGAGUUCCAACAGCCUGUUUGUAUUGACUCUUCUACCUGUAUGGAAGGGUCACUUUGAACAGAAUCACUCCAGCCAAUAAAACUAUGAAUAACAUUUCAGAUAAAAUUGAAUCCAUGUUUCUCUCCUGAAAUCAGUGUUAGCAGAGUUUUUGAGCAUGUUUUUUUUCUUAUAAUAAGUAGUCAAUUAUGGCACAAAAUGGCACUUUUUGCUGCUUUUUUUUAUCAUUGGUGUUCUGUGGAACCUAAAUUACAGUAACCAGUGACUUACCCUGUAUUAACUCUUUGACUCUUAAGAGUGACCAGAUAAAAUUGAAUCCAUGUUUCUCUCCUGAAAUCAGUGUUAGCAGAGUUUUUGAGCAUGUUUUUUUUCUUACAAUAAGUGGUCAAUUAUGGCACAAAAUGGCACUUUUUGCUGCUUUUUUUUAUCAUUGGUGUUCUGUGGAACCUCAAUUACAGUAACCAGUGACUUACCCUGUAUUAACUCUCUGACUCUUAAGAGUGACUAGCAUCUAAUUUCUCCUUACAAUAUCUCCCCUGAUUCAAACAUAAAGGUCAUGAGAAUAAAGGAAAUGAUUACCUACAAAAGAGGCUUUUGAUUGUUAAACAAAUUCUCCUUGUCAGCACCUAAGGAAAUGUAUAGAGAACAGUAUGGAGAAUAUGCAUACUGAUCUUAGGGUGUAAAGGGUUAAGUGGUCACCAUGCCAUUUCCCAUGGGUGACUGCUGGUACAUGUAAGUGAAAUACUUACUUGAUUAAUAACCAGUUUGUGACACAGGAAAAGCUCACUGCUUGGCUGGUAAAAUUUGAAAAAAAGGAAAGUUUUUUAACUUUCUUCUCUACAAGCCUAGUUGGUAAGGUAAAAUGAGUAUUCCAAUUCUCUUCACUGGCAGGAAAGAAUCCAGCAGCGAAGUUUAAAGGUGCAUGAAAAGACAACAUACACAUCACGUGUCAAUGCCAAAACAGCUGCAAUGAGGAAAAUAGGUGACGACAAUGAAGAUGACUUUGUUGAAGAGGAGAAAAAGAAAGACAAGGAUGGAGUGAUUGCAGUCAAAGAUGACCCUCAAUUUACAUUGGCAAUUACAAGAGGUAGAUUUUUGGUAUUUGAUCUUGAACAACAAUUGCAAUGUGGUACCAGUAUAUCAAUAAUUUAAAUUGACUGACUCGAUUCUUUGUCAGCCUUUUGUUACUAAAACAAAAGGUUGGUGUAUAGUUGCGAUUACUGUAGGUUGUGCACUAAACAAUAUGGAUAUUCAUAUGUUACAAACAGGUAAAUUACCAGUGAUGAGGAUGAUAAUGAUGAUGAUGCUUUCAAAUCACUUUCAGAUCGCCAUGUGGAGAAAGAAAAUCUGGCAGAUUUCAUUUCUAAGAAAAGGGAGAUGUUUCUAGUCCAGGUAAAUAUUAAUCCUACAGUAACAGUUUUAGGGGUGGUACAUAAUACUGAUCUUGCAUCUUAUUAUCCAUAUGGACUAACAAAAGUCAUAGGGAGAUGUGAUUUUCUAUUCAUUGGUGCUUUCCAAUUGGGUUACAGUACAUUUAAAUAACAGGCUUGGAAAGGAGUCUACACGGUGUCUAAUGUCCUUGAAUCAUGGACUAAUCUUAAGAAGUCCCCAGUGCUAGCCUUUUAAAUGGUUUCAGUACUUAUAAAUCAUGGCUGUGUCCUUUUAGUAUUCUUUAGGUGUGAAGCGUGAUGAAAUGAGGAAACUAGAAGAAAUUGCCCAGGUUAGUUAUCACAUUCAAGCCAUAAUUACUGAAUUAACCUUUAUACUCCCAGAAGUAUUCAACAUGAAACUUCUGCCCACCCUGCAAACAGGUAAUGAGAAUGUCCAAACUUAUCAUGUAGAAGUUGUUAUCAUGAUCUCACACCAAAUUCUCCUAACUAAUUUUCAAGGAAUGUGUUGCAGGUAUAAGAAAGGAGAAUUAACAAUCAGAUCCUGGGAGUUUAAGGGUCAAAGAACUUUUUUAAAACCUAGCAAUCUAUCCCAUUUAAAAGUAUCUAAAAAGGAGAUUGAGGGAAGUAGAUAUAUUUAGUGCACUGGUCACUAGCUUCAGGUUAAUCGAGUCACAGAAAUUAUCAGUUAAUCAUUUAAUGAUAAUUAUCAUAUUUGAUGUAUGCACAAGUUCAGUUAUUAAGUAAAGUUUUCAUUCAUUGAUCUUCAUAUGUUUAACUUAAUAGGCAGAAGAAAAGAAGCUUGAACUUGCUGAGCAGUACCUUGAAGAAGAUGCCGCAAUGUUUGAUGAGUUUUUAAAAGAAAAUGACAAAAACUCAGUUGAAGCUAUCAAAAUGUGAGUACUAUAUUGUAAUAAUAAUUUACUUGUAUAAAUAAUUUUUAUCUUGCUAUUCAAACUUUGCUUUGAGGAAGGGCUAGCACUCAAAAUUUCAGCUUUAGAGACUCUCUACAGUGGCUAAUUCACAAAUUUACAUUAUCAACUCAGUUGCUAAAACUGAAUUACCUCUUAUACUCCCCUAGCAAUGCAGCUUUCAGCUUUAGAGACUCUUUACAGUGGUCAAUUCACAAAUUUACAUCAUCAACUCAGUUGCUAAAACCAAACAAUCUUGUUAUGUUCCCCCACUAAUGUAGCACCACAGUUUCUUUAGAAACAUACCUCAGUCAUCCUAGUUUAUUUGUGUAUGACUUGUCAGUCUUCAACUUAGUUUCGAAUCAAGAAAUUUAAUAUUAAACACUGUUGUUUUUGGAAUUGCCUAAUAUAAAGUACUGAAUGUAACGUAUAAUAAAGAAUUCCUACAUUUCCAGAAAUCCAAUUUAUGUGCUAUAUGUGUAGAUACAUUGUACUUUUAAAAGUCUUAAUCAAUUCAAAGCUUAUCCACCACUGGUAUUUUUCUUAACAGAGCUGAGGCUGAAACAAAGCUUAAACUUGAAAAAGUGGCUGAGAUUAAGAAAAUAAAUGCUCAAAUGAUGGCAAUAAAGAGGUGAGAUGACAGUGAUAUUGGAAAUCAUUCGUUGAAUAUACAGUUCAUGUAUAAUUGUAGUAAUCUUACAAUGCUACAAAAUUAACUGUAGUGUCAAAAAAAAUUAUUGCACUUAAAGCAACAGUUACUGUUAGUAAUAUUUAAUGUCAACUUUAGUUGGUUUUUAACCUUAAUUUUUCAGUGAAAUAUCUAAAAAUGAGGACACUCUCAAAGAGUAUAUGUUGUACAAACAGUUCCUGGAUUCCCUUACUCCACAGGUACAUGUUUUUGAUACUUGUUAUUUUUUAUUAAUUAUUAAUUAAUCAUUAAUUCAUCUCUGUGGUGAGUCUGUGAUUGCAUUAAUUUUGGCUUAAUUACAUCUGUAUAGGAGUGGAAAGAUGAUAAGAGAAAAGCCAAAGAGGAGAAAAAGGUAAAAUUUAAGUGGAAAACUAUAUAAAGGUAUUCCUUUUUAAUUUUUUUUUAAAAAUUAAUUUCUUGGUGUGGUGGUUAUAUUUUAUUUAUUUUUGUUUUCCUUUCUUCACCACAGAAGGCUAAACAGAGGGAUAAAAGCUCAGUAUCAAAAAAGAGAAGUGAGUGUAUCUUGGUGUAUAUUAUAUUAUAUAAUUAUGUAUCCUAGACGUGUGUGUAUGUUUUGUAUAGUAUGUUAUCAGAAGUGCCAAAUUGAGCUCUUGGAGAUUGGAAAUAUUUAUAUAUGUUUAUGGUGGCUACAGGGCAAAGAAAGAAAGCUGGUCGUGAAUUGCUAUGUCUAGCCCUACUGUAAUAUGCUUUUGAAAUUUCAAUCAUGUAUUCAAAAAAGACCUUUGGCACCUCAAAUCUCAAUUAUAGACUCUCAACUUGAUCCCAGUUUAUUGCACCUUUUGGGAAUAAGUUUUCAGUUUGGAGUUGAGUCUUUGAAAUUCCACUUUAGCAUAAUACAAUAUGUAUACUACAUGAAUCAUGCAGAAGCAAAUGAUCUACCUCUCAUUAAAAACCUUUUGGUUAGUUUCUAUAAUCAGCUCUGACAGAAACUCCAGUCGUGGUAGCCGUAAAGAAAGUAGGGCCAGCUCUGUAAGUACAUGUACAUGCUGCUGAUAUGAACCUUGUAAAGUACCAGAUUAUCUGAUUUAGCUUGUGCAAGGGACUCUGUUACUCAAGAGACAGGCCAAAAUUCAGAUGCAACCCCAGCUGCCAGUUUCACCUGUUUGCUGGCCAUUUUUCGCCUUUUAGCUCAUCUCCUCUGACAGAGGGCCCAGUAAAAAGGCUAAUGGCUAAUCGAGAUUCGAUUAUUUUCUGUCUACUUGACAAUCAAUAUCUUGCCUGCCAAUGACCUGCACAAGGAUACUUGUGCGAUAAUGUUGUUCAAGCAUUUACACAGUGUAUCAAUUGGUAUUAGCCUAAUGGUGAAUUCAAUGAUUUAAUCCUUUCCCCAACAUUGGUAGUCAUUUUCUCCAUUCCGUUCUCAGUACAUUUCUUAUACUAAGGUGCUGAUUUGUUUGUUUGAAAAUCGAGAGCUUCUUUAGUUGGUGAUCGUUUCCUUUAUUCUUGAGACCCUAACUUGUGAUUGCCAGAAAAUAUUGUAACCAACAAUGACAUGCUAGUCCCUCUCUGGGGUCAAAGGGAGAACAAAAUUGAGCCACGUCGGAAAUUCCCUUUUAACAUCGUUCAAUCAGCUCAAGGUGUAUCUUAACUGUUCUUUUGGUUCAAUUAAACAAUGUAAAUGAUUGUAUUUGAUGCAUUUUACCUAUACAGAAAUUAGCGGGAAGUCCUUUAGUGAAGAUGUAAGUGUACAAACAGUGUGUAUUAUUAUUUUUGAUUCUACCGUAUUCACAACCGCACCAACCACUUGAGCAUUUUAUAGACACCAUUACGUCGAUAUCUGUUGAGUCACAUCUAAACGUGCAUAUCCGCAUGUUCCUCUGAAAAUAUUAAAAGAUUGUUAGAAAAGGAUAAGUUUUUUGUUCCUUGACUGCUGACGCUUAUAUCAGCUGCUGUUAAAUCGAAAAACAAAAAAAAAUACAUGCAGAACAGGUGUUGUUUCCUUUCUGUGUCUUUUUCCGGGCGAGUGGAGACCCGUGUUAGGAAAGAGACGCGCAAUGGCAGAGUGUGAAUCUCACGCCUCGGCUUGCCAGCAUUUGCCUUCGCUUGCCCUGUAAACAUAAAAAAAAAACGAAAAUUUUUUCAUGUUUUUUUUCUUCGUUUACAACCGAAGCUCUUUGCUUAGGUAGGAAGAGGCAUUGCGAGAGCGAAGUUUCAUGUCCAAAAUACAAAUUUCCCUCAGUGAUCCUGAUCAGGGCCUAAAACACGAACCCCUCAAUGUGCACUCACCACUAGCUUAUAAUAACACUUAAUGUCUUCAUUUGGAAUAUAAAAUCUUAACUGUUAUGUUUUUGUAAUCCAUAGGCAAAGGAGUGAUGCAGAAGACAGUCCAGCCUCUGUUUACGAAACUGACGAAGAGGAGAGCGAUACUGUAAGGGAAAUGGACACAGCGCCUUUUUCAACCUCGUGUCUAGGUCUCUCUCUUCUUCUCAUCCCCUGGAGCGAUUCUUCUCUCUCCCCAGGGGUCGGUAAGGAGAGCCUAAGCACGAGGUUGCUACUUUUCAUUUUCUUUUCAGUCCUCUCGCUCAAUUAGAGCAUGGAUGUUUGGUUAUUGGAAACUGAGAGAGAAUAAAAAUUAACAAAUAAUGGAAGAACAGAAUCCAAGUUAUAGAAUUUCUUGAUGAUCAAUUAUCUUUUGAACUUCUAAAAACACUCUCUGAACCGAUGUAAACACUUUUUGAAUGACCUUUUUGCUAAUAUUCCUUACUUUUUGUCCAGCAGUUAUGUUGAUUACAAUUAAUUUUAUGAUUGUCCCUUUUUCAUUUGACAGGAGCCAGACUUGUUUUUUGGCGAUCCUCAGCAGCUUCUCGACAUCUUUGCGGAACUAGAAGAACAAAAUUUAUCUCUGAUUCAGAACAGUCAAGAAACCGAAGAAGCCCUGGAGGAACUUCGACAGACAAUUAAACAGACGCAGGAACGAAUGUAAGUCCCCUCAGUUGGACUUGACGUAGCGUGCAAGUAUGCCCUCGUGAUUAGCGCGGCUGGAUGAGCGCUUCUCUGCCCGCAGGAAGAUUGGAAACGAGUCGGGGGGAGAGUUACCGGGUGUCUCAGCUGAACCACUUGCAGACAUCACGGCGAUUCUCGUUGCUCAAAGCCUAAAAUUUUCUUACCAGCGAAGAAACCCUCAUACUGAUGCGCUAGUAAUAAGGACCUGUUCGACCUUUUCUUAGGUUAGACUUGAAGUUGCUUCACAGGGGCAGAUUCAGGAAUCUUUUUUGUCGUAAUUUAACUGAUCUUCUUUCUCUUUACAGGAACCGCGAAACAGAAAUUCUCAAAGGCCAGAUAGACUUUUUGAAUGAUGCCAUAAACAGAGAGGAAGAGAGAGCAAAGGAACUGGAAAUGAAAUCAAAGUACGGUAGUUGCUUAUCACCAUUAUUCCACUUUUCCUGUUUUGCACAGAGUCAACAUCAAUACACUUUAGUUUAUUUGCAUUUUUGUAAGGGGAACUUAACCCUCUAACUUCCAGAAGUGAUUAACAUGUUACUGCUCCCUUAAAUAACCAUACAUUAUACAACAAACAGGUGAUUAGAAUACUCAAAGUUGUUAUCUUGACCCAACACCAUAUUCUCGUAACUAUUUUACAAGGAAAUGUGUAGCAGCUAGAGGGGAGAAUAUAGGAUUUAAAGUGUUAAAUGUCUCGAUGUCCUAGUUUCCCGUCGUCUCUAAUGUACGUUUACUUAAUUAAAUAAAUGUUUAUUCAUCUAUUUGAUUAUUUAUUUUUAUUUCCUUGCAGAAUGUUCUCAUAUGGAGAAUUUAAAGCAGAAGACCAGGUAACACGCCCUCUCUGUUUUGGACCCGUGGAACUGUAUUCAGAUAAUUUUUUGUACACGUUAUACUGUAGGAUUUCGCGACAGCGUGAGCUAAUAAUUGAGGGAUUUUUGUGAUAUGUAGCUGAAUCUUGCCUGGCCUGAUUAUAAUUCUCCCUUUCCUUUAUAAGCUUUUUAAAUAACCCCCUUUUUUCAUUGCGUUCUUUUCAGGAAAAAAUGCUUCAAACGUUGAACAAGAAAGUCGAAGAGGUUUAUCGGAAUUGUAUAGGAGAUAACGAGGCCAACAUAAGGUAUGCUAUGGGUGGUUGUUGGUGUGAAAACUGUUUGCACCUGAUAGGUGCUCAAUAAAUUCUCUUGAUGCCCCAACCAUUACCAGUCCUGCGACAUAGAAUCGAAACAAAGGAAAAAAGAAACAAGAAGUCCGUUCUCCCAUCUUUACCUUUUAAGAUGUUCAAGUCAACACGAAUCGCCAGGAAUGCGAUGAUUCAUUCUUCUGUUAAAGCUAUUCUUCGCUUUAGUUAUAGCCUGUUCCAGGCAUUCACAUAGUAGAUGUUGUGCGAUGAUGAUCUAAGCUAAAAACGAGAGAGGUGUGGGUCGGGUUGCGUAAUGUACCCGACCCAAACCUCCCUAGUUUUUUCCUCUCCGCCGCAAUUAUCGCGCGGCUUUUUUUCCCGCCCUGUUAGGCUAAUCGAACGGCGAUAGCAGACUACUUCAGUCGCGUUUCAUUGUUGGUUAUUGAUUUGUUCUUGUAUUUUGUUGUCGUUCUUUGUUUCAAACAGGCUGUGACUGUAGUUGUCACUUGUUUGUCUGUUUGUUUUGAUUGAUCCCUUGACUUGUUUGAUCCUAUCAGCACCCUUCAGAUGCUGACCAAUAUUGAAAAUCGCCUGGAAGAGCUUUUUGAACAAAUCGAAGUUAUGCCACCGGACCGAGUGGAAAUGGCAGAAAAGGUACGAGGCCUGUUUAGAACCACGAUUGUAGGCACGCAAUAGGGGAUAAUUUAGCUUUAUCAACUGAGUCGAUGAUGUAAACUGACCAUCACAAAGAGUUUCUGAGGCGUUUUGAGCGUUAGGGUUCUAAUGAAGGGCUUAUACUUGAAACGUCAGCUUUAGAAACUAUUUCCGUGGCUAAUUUACAUCAUAGUUAUCAACUCAGUUGUUUCACCAAAAUUUCUCGUAAUAAUACAGUUUCUGUAACUUACGCCCUUAUUUAUAUGUACGGAAUAUGAUUUGUUUAAAAUGAAAACGUGACUAACAUGAAGAUUUAAAAUCGGCAUUGUUCUUGAUAUAACAUUUUAGAAGGCUUUAACUGCAAGUUCUGCUUUGUCAUCUUCAAAUGCCUUUUCCAAAUUAAAGGAACUGCCACAUUUGGUGGAGGUUAGCUGCUUAAUAUUAUUAUGAAGAUGACUGUUAUUUGCAAAGAUCUGUAGAAUUGUAGUUAUUUUCAAUCAACAGCUUCACAAUUAACCUCGUUGUAAUACAGAAACGAGAGUCAUCUGAGGCAAAUGGAGUAAAUCCUUGUAGCUGGUAGUUGGAGGGAAACCUAAAGUAAAAAGUCUUCAACUUGGACUGAAAAUUGCGAAAGUAAAUUAUGAAAGGUCAAAGAGUGAUCCGUGUAUACUACAUGGAACUUUCCCUGACCGGUGCACUGUUCUCUUUUCUGUCAUAGGCAAAAGAGAAAGAUCGACGCUUACGUCUUCGUGAAGAGAAAAUGGAACUACAAAGAUUGCAUCAAGAGGACCGGGUGAGGAGAGCCCUGGAACGAGCUCAAGCUGAACCGAAGAAAAAGGUGGGCAAUACAUGCCAUGUCACAUGACGCUAAAAUCUACAGGGCUGUUAAUCUUACGUGGAAGCUUGUCAUUGGCUUCGCUUAGAAGUUUAGACCCAAGGAUAAGAGAAUAUGGUCUUUUGCCCUAUGAUAUUUCACAAAGGAAGACUACAAUUACGAAACCAAAGUAAACACAAGGGCUAAUUGUAACAAUAGGAAAUAUCACAGAGCCAGUGAACACUUAAUGUAAACACAGAUUACGGCCUUAGCGCGGGAAAACGUAUGACAGUGUCACAGUUGGUUUUAACUUUUGCAUCUGAUUGGUUGAAAGUGUGGUGUGAGUUUUCUAGUCUAAUCGUAAAGCUCAGUGAAGGAAAAACUAUUCAAUCCCAAAGUUCUUUAAACUUUUUAAAAAUUGCUCUGUUUUGGCUUGUUCUCAUUUCAGACUGGUAAACCACUGAUGUUCCGCUCAGAACCACCGCAGACGCGAAGAAAGCAGCAGGAUGCCGACAAGAAACAAGACAAAGAGGAAGAGGAACUGAAAUAUUUUUUUACAUAAAACUCUCAACAGCUGUAGACUCCUUGAAAUUUGUUUCUUGCAAAAAAAUAAAUUUUUGUUUGUAUUGAACCAACUGGGACGCGAAACAAAACAAAGUCACACGAGUUCGAGAUAAUUUGUC